GAAACCGUCAUCUAUUGCUUAGAUAACACAUCACAACUCGACUACAUCCUCAACUAUCCCAUACCACCCAUAUUUUAACAAUGACAACCUCUACACCAAUUAAGACCGUAUGCGUGUUCUGCGGUUCAUCCUUCGGAGCCAAACCCUCAUUUGCUGAUAAGGCCAAAGAGUUGGGCGAGUCGAUGGCCGCUAGAAACUGGGGCUUGGUCUACGGUGGUGGGUCGACAGGACUCAUGGGCACCGUGGCUAGAGCGUGUGCUACCAACGGAGGGUAUGUUCAUGGAAUCAUUCCUGAAGCAUUGAUCUCCAGAGAAAGAACGGACGAAAGUGAUGAGGUGAACAAGAAGAUAAAGGAAUCCAUCGAUAACCACGACGGAUCCACUCCACUUCCAGACUCCAAGGAAUAUGGUAAAACCACCUUGGUCAAGGACAUGCACACCAGAAAACGCUUGAUGGGCGAAGAGGCAGAUGCCUUCGUCGCCUUACCAGGUGGAUACGGCACGUUGGAAGAAUUGAUGGAAGUGGUUACUUGGUUUCAAUUAAAUAUUCAUAACAAGCCUAUUGUAAUUUUCAACACCGAUGGAUUCUAUGACAGCUUUUUGAAGUUUAUCGAAGAGGCCAUCGCCAACGAGUUUGUCAGUGCCAAGAACGGUGAGAUCAUCAAGGUUGCCAACACUGCUGAGGAAGUGUUGAAGGCAAUCGAAGAAUUCGAAAUCCCAGAAGGUAGAUUCGAUUUGAAAUGGGAUACUACUUAGAUGGGACUGGUUCUUCGCUUAUAUACAAAUCCAAAAUAAUAAAAUAGAUAAGAUUAACAGUAAGAAUCUCCCGAUAAAGAGAAAAACUGGAAAAGAUCUAUAGA